CUCAUACAUACAGACACACAGUCAGUGGGCGGGGAGGAGGCGGAGUCCGCACUGGAUCCCCGCCCUCUCAUUGCAGGCGGUUUCUGAACUGCUUCCGUGUACGAUGAACAAGGAGCCCGGGGUCUGGGCCCUGCUGGAGCGUGUGCCUAUUGACUGGACAGAACCAUGGAUAAUUGGGCUGAUGGUGUUCCACGUACUGUGCAUUAUAGUGACUUGUAUUUCCUUUAAGUUUUACAAACUUCAGAUUGCUCACUUUCUAUUUAUGGUUAGCCUGGUAAGCUGUGCUGAAUACAUCAAUGAAGUAGCUGCUUUGAACUGGCAAGCAUAUUCGAAGCAGCAGUACUUUGAUGCGUCCGGCAUGUUCAUUUCCUUAGCUUUUUCAGCGCCUUUAUUGUGCAAUACUAUAGUUAUUGUGAUCCAUUGGGUGUAUAAAACAUUGUCUGCAAUGACAGAACUUAAGACUUUGCAGAAGAGAAGGAAAAGUGCGAGGGAGAAAAAGAAGGAAAACUGAACUUGCUGACAAUUAGAAUUUUUGGAUGAGUCUUUUUCUCGUUUGCACAUCAGAGCAAGCAAUCUAUUGCUUUGUGGAUCUGCAGAUAAAUCUCAAUUUUCAAGCAUCAAAAACCUUGUGCACAGGAAUAUUGAAGACGUUUGAAAUUAUCUCUUCAAGUACCCAAAAGAAAAUCAAUUAUUUUAAUUAAAUCUGAUAUCUACACGGCACAAACUUGCACAAACAUUUACCUAAAACACGGUUUGUAGGGUGUACUUGACAUGAGAGUUAUGAGCAGCACAGUACUCUAUUACAAGAAGUAGUUACCACACGGAGAUCUGAUAGAGAAUCAUGCUUUAUAAGGCUAGCUCCAUGCUUUAGAUGAGGAAUAAAUUACAUGUGAACAGUCUCUUUCAGGGUAAUUGCUUAUAGUCCAUUCCACUGUAAAUAACUGGGUUCUAUUGUUCUGUUUCUUACAAUCCUUCUUGAUUCUGUGAUUGUUCUUCAAUUAUAUCUGUAAAAUAAAACAUUUUUUUUUACGA